CCUGUCCUCAUUUUACACAGACCCAUCUGCAUGGAAGCCACCUCAGAGACUUCUGAAGAACAAGGAGAAAUGUAGCCAUGCUGGCAAAGCUGGUCAUUUUUGUUGUGGAUCUCAUGCUUGCUUUGGCCAUUUCUGUUACUCUCUAUGCUGUUUACUUACUAGCAACGACGGGGAUUUUUAUUUCAGUUGUUUUCUGUCUUCUCCGAGGGGACACGGAAACAAGCUGUGACUUCAACAAGGGCAGAGUCUGGGUGCUGGAUUCCAGCAAGGCUGCUGGGAAGCCACUUGAAGGCCACACAGAGAAACUGAGCACCAGGGUGCUUCCUGUCCACUGUCCAGAGGUAAGGCAAUGGGCCACACUGCACAGGGACAGCAUUUCUCACUUGCAAGAAGCAAGGAGCUCUCUGCUAUGGAAGAGGCACUUGAGAAGACUUGCAAAGAUGGCACACCCACCUAAACAAGAAAUACUCUCUUCAGUUCUUUCUAGGUCAUUCGGACGGCAUCCACACAUGAAUAAUAAUAAGAUUCUCAUAAACAAGCAGAAAUACCCAGGAGGCAUGAAGACUCACAAUACUUCAAAAACGCAUGCAUUAGGAAAUCAUAACCCCAGGAAAAAUAGAACCCAUAACACUAAAAUCUCAACCUUGAAGAGGAUAAACAUUCUAUUCAAUGACAAAAUACUAAAACUUGUUGAAAUGCCUUAGGAGCUGGGAAUAUCUACAUCCAUCAAAAUGUCCUCAAAAAUUAAAUUCAAGAAUGUUUCUUCAAAGUUCUUAGCCAAGCCGAUACACGCAUUUUGCUGCUGUGGAAAACACUGGGCACUGCCUGUCAUGGUAGCAGCAUGA